CACCGACCGCCCCCAGACAGACCGACCGACCGACCGACCCACCCGCCGCCCGCCCGCCCCAUCCCCGCCGCCAUGUCCAACAUGGAGAAGCACCUGUUUAACUUGAAAUUCGCUGCCAAAGAGCUGAGCAGGAACGCCAAGAAGUGCGACAAGGAAGAGAAGGCGGAGAAGACCAAGAUCAAGAAGGCCAUUCAGAAGGGGAACACCGAGGUCGCCCGGAUACACGCCGAAAACGCCAUCCGGCAGAAGAACCAGGCCAUCAACUUCCUCCGGAUGAGCGCCCGGGUGGACGCGGUGGCGGCCCGGGUCCAGACCGCGGUGACCAUGGGCAAGGUGACCAAGUCGAUGGCGGGGGUAGUGAAGUCCAUGGAUGCCACGUUGAAGAGCAUGAACCUGGAGAAGAUAUCCGCCCUGAUGGACAAGUUCGAGCACCAGUUUGAGACGCUGGACGUUCAGACGCAGCAGAUGGAGGACACGAUGAGCAGCACCACGACCCUCACCACGCCGCAGAACCAAGUGGACCUGCUGCUGCAGGAGAUGGCGGACGAGGCCGGCCUGGAUCUGAACAUGGAGCUACCCCAGGGCCAGACAGGCUCCGUGGUGGGCACGAGCGUCGCCUCGACCGAGCAGGACGAGCUGUCGCAGAGACUCGCCCGCCUCCGGGACCAGGUGUAACGGACCAGCCGCCGUCUCCCGCCCCCGAAACCGCUCUCCCACCUUCCGGCCCCCUCACCCCCUCGGGAAGAACCCUGCCUGUUCCCGGCUGGCGCCAGUUCCCGAAUCCAGUACCCCGAACCCCCUCCGGGGUGCCCGCCCCGAGAGGAUCGGAGCGUUCGGAACGGCGCGUGCCGAAGGGGGGGCGGGGGAUCUCGGGGGGGGGGUCCCGGUCCCUUCCACGGGACCCCGGUGAGGUGAAAACAACCGUCUCUGAUCCGUUUGUCCGAAACCCCGGUCCCAAACCCGGCGGGAGCCGUUCCGGACUGGGAUGGCACGGGGUCCGGAUUCGGUUUUAAUCUGCACGGAGGAUUGCCAGCGGUCGUCGAACUGGCAGCCCCGUGAGGCGUCCGGCCCCCGCCGACCGGACGGCGUGAGCUGGCUCUGGUCCGCGUCCCCCGGAUCGCCAGCGGGCGUCGGGACGACGCUCCUGCCCGGAGCCCGGGACUCCCGCCUUUCGUUGUAUAAAUUACUAUAAAAAUGGUCUUGGUUAACGGGAA